AUGACCCUAAAUGCAUAUCUUGGCUUCCUAUCACUUGGAAGUGCAAUACAAACACGAUUUCAUACAGAAUGUCAAGAAGAAGAACGUCAUGAGCUUGAGAGAUUACAACGAAUGGCACAACAAGUGACAUUAGCAGAAAUUGAUACUGUAUCAACGGUCAGUAUACAUAAUGCUCCUUCAGAACGUAAAGUGGAAGUAAAGGAAAAUAUAUCAGGUGUUGCAUUGGCUAUUAGUACUAUGAUAGCUAAUUAUUCAUUAUGUUUUCCUAUUGUGGCAGCACGACAUCGUCUACAAGCAUUACCAACAUUACAUAGUUAUAAAAGAGAUACACCCAUUUACGGUUUACAAUCGAUUAUAUACACAUAUAAACUAGGAGGUAUUCGAAGGCUUUAUCCAGGCUUUGGGCUAGGAUUGAUAGGUCAGUCUAUCAGUGCAACUUAUGAAUCGGGUGUGAAUCAAAUCAUGUCACAUGCCAUCACAUCUGCCAAUAAAAGAAACAAGAAAAUUCUCAGUAAUUUACUCAGUCUACUCACGAAAGGGUUAACGUUAUUCAUCAAUAUUCCACUUUAUCCACUUUAUCGUAAUGCUUUAAUUCUUCGUGUUCAAUCAGAUUCAGAUUUAACACGAGUUGUCAUUCAUAACUCCCGCGACUUUAUUGAUCUUUAUAAGCAAGAACUUAAUUGCUUUUGGCCAACUAAUCCUAAUUAUCAGCACAUUAUAUCAGCUUUUUUACCUUCUUGUAUAUUGAAUGCAGUUACCGAGAAACUGUUAAUUUUUAUAUAUCGCUUUAUAUACCAAAAAUUUUCAAACGAAUCAUUGUCUUCAAACGAUGGCGAAUCAUCUACUACAACUCAAACUAAUGCAUCCAAGAAAAAAAAGGAAUUAACAGUACUGCAUACAUUCUAUCCUGAAAUUGCAUGUGGUGUUAUCAGCAGUAUGUUUACUCGUGCAUUAAGUUACCCUAUUGACACUGUGAUCUUCAGAUUGAUGCUCCAGGAUAGUGGCGUCUUGAAGACAAAUACAACUUACACAGGAUUUUUUGAUUGUAUAAAAAAAAUGUGGUAUGAAGAAGGAGGCUGGAAAGGAUUUUAUCCAGGAUGGGGUGUUGGUGUGUUGGAAGUGACUGUAGGUUGCUUCAUAUUAGAAACUUCAUGGUGGGCUUAUCAUGCCAUUGAAUGGAAAUUACGAGCACCUGGAUCAAGCGAUACACGUGCAGUUAGAAAAGCUAGAAAAUUAAAAGAAAGACUUAUGUAA